AUGCAGCCACCUGUGCCGCCGGUGCCCGGGCCCCGGGCGCUGCUGGACGCCGCAGGUGAGUUCGCGAGAAGGAAGAAGACCUCCCUGUGGUUUGUGGGGUCUCUGCUGGUGGCAUCUGUCUUCAUACUGACCGUCGGCCUGGCCGCCACCACCAGGACGGAGAACGUGACCGUGGGGGGCUACUACCCAGGGAUCAUUCUGGGCUUCGGAUCUUUCUUAGGAAUUAUUGGCAUCAACCUGGUGGAGAAUAGGAGACACAUGCUGGUGGCAGCAAUCGUGUUCAUCAGCUUCGGUGUGGUGGCGGCGUUCUGCUGUGCUGUGGUUGAUGGUGUGUUUGCAGCGCGACACAUCGAACCAAAGCCCCUCACCACGGGAAGAUGCCAGUUCUACUCCAGGGGGGCUGGAUACCUGUACGACGUCUACCAGGCGGAGGUCACCUGUCACUCCUUGAACGGCAAGUGCCAGCUGAAGGUGAGGAGCAACACCUGCUACUGCUGCGACCUGUACACUUGUGAGAGUGCAGAGCAGUCGCCCGCCUACUACGAGUUUGUCGGCGUGAGCGGCUGCCAGGACGUGGUGCACCUGUACCGGCUGCUCUGGGCCUCGACGGUGCUGAACAUCCUGGGCCUGCUCCUGGGCAUCGUCACGGCCGCAGUCCUGGGGGCCUUCAAGGACAUGGUCCCUCUGUCCCAGCUGGCCUACAGCUCGUCCUCUCUACCUCAGAUCCUCUACAACCCUGCUCAGCAGAUCCUGGCCUACGCAGGCUUCUGCCCGCCGCCCACGGCUGCUCCAACACGCUUGUCCUACCCGUUGCCUCUUCAGCCCUCCGCCGACCUCUCUCUGUCCGAGGACUCGUGGCCUCUCUCCCAGGCCAGCUCCGGCUCCAGGCCUCCGCCCAACGCCCCGUCGCUCCGGGCACCAGCCUAUUUCCUCCCAGGAGAGAAACCACCUCCCUACGCACCCUGACACGGAGGUGGCAGAUAGAAAAAUAGCUUGUUUUGGGUUUGUUAAAAAAAAAAAAAUCAGCAUUUAGACACCCUCUUUCUGUGGCCGGCCUCCUAGAAAAUCCAGAACAUUCCAGAAGUCUGUGCCCUCCUCCGCCUUCCUGGGCACAUCCCCGGCCAAGAGAGGCCACGGCCAGUGGCAGGAAGUGGAGCCCACCUGACCGCGGCCCAAGUCACCUCUGGCCCCUGCCUCUCCCAGCGUGGAAACUAACUCUGAGUGUUGCUGGAGAUUCCCACCUGGAGUCUGCUUGCUCGAAAGAGGCUGUUCUGGGUUUGUCAACACUUAGAGGAAACAGUUUCCUUCCCUUACCAUUCUCUUAAUUAAAUAGCGCUUCCUAUGGUUAUUUUGCAAAGGGAACACGGCUGCUGUAUCCCUGCGUGAGGACUGUUUUUAGGGGAAUGUGUCGUAUGUUUAUUAUUUAUACGGUGUUUCCCCAGGAAGGGGCAGGGUCUCUGCCCACCCCUCAGUGCGUGGUCUCCUGGCAUUUGCUUGGAGCAAGAACACGCUCUGGCUCGAGUAUCCGGCACUGUUGCUACAGGCCCGUGUGUGCCCUGCUGUCUUUCCCAACACUGGGACACCAUCCGCUGCCUCCCCUGGUGACACGUUCCCAUCGAGCUACUUCUUACUCGUGGCAUCAUUCUCUGUGGUCGUUUCUGGGGCUGUCCCAGGGCUCAGAACCUCCUUGUCUCUGAGUUUCCAGCCGCUGCUCUAAGUGGGGUGUCGGGGAGGGGAGUGGGGGUGUUUUCUGGGUCCCUCCGCUGAGAGCCUGGGGCUGCACCUCUCCCUAUACAAACCAGGAGCUGUGUGCUGGGGCCCCACCUGUGCCCGCCUCUGCCAGACACACCUGGUGUGGCAGGUGAGCACCCCUGGAAGUGGCUAGGCCCUGGGCUGCGUGGACGACCGGGGCCCCGUUUGCAGGACACGCCUCCCCGGAGCCUGCCGCUUUCCAGUGUUGACUAUUUCGAGUGAAUGCAGAGAGGCUUUAGCCUCUGACCUGUUCGAGAGACAGAUCCUGCCUUGGGAACGUCCUGCCGUCCCCGCUGAGGACCCACCCCGCCCCGGGCAGACCGUCACAAGGCACCGUGCUUCUCAGGGCCCCUCAUCUUCCCCAAACCACUUGCUCUCUGCUAAAUGGGCUCCGUCUCCCCCUGUGAUGACGGCAUAUGAGCCCCUAAAUCUCACUGCUCUUUUGGGUAUUCACGUUUCUCUCCUGUGAUGCCCCGUGUGUGUAAUAAACUCGCUCACCCUGUCUCCUGUG